GCUUUCUACCUGUUCAUUCCACAACACUACAACGAAAAGAUGGCGACCAAAGUAGCAAUGUCCCUGUUUUUGACAUUUUUACUAUGUAAUCUGUCCUUGGUUUUUACUGAACCAACUAUGAAGAUAGAAGUUUUAAAGGAGCCUCCAAAGAAUUGUGUUAGAAAAGCUGCACCUGGAGACAUGAUAUCCAUGCAUUAUCGUGGAACUUUGACUAGUGGUAAAGAGUUUGAUAGCAGUUAUAGCAGAAAUCAACCUUUUGAUUUUCAACUUGGACAGGGCAUGGUUAUUCAAGGAUGGGAACAAGGUGUUCCUGGCAUGUGCGUAGGAGAAAAACGAAAAUUAACUAUCCCUCCAUCGUUAGCUUAUGGGGAUACUGGGUUUGGAGACAUCAUUCCUGCAAAGUCAACGCUAGUAUUUGAAAUCGAACUGAUUAACAUCAAGGGACAAGAGCAAAAAGAGCAAGCUGAGGAAGAACCAAGUGAUAAUGAUGAUGAAGACCCGGGCCAUGAACACGAACAUGAACAUGCUGAUUCUUUUGAAUCACUUGAUACCAACGGUGAUAAAGUCAUAAGCAGUGAUGAAAUGGCAAAUUAUAUAAAAAAGUUUCAUGAAGGAAAUGAAGGUGAAGGAGAGGAUGAAAAUUCUGUGGAAACUAUUGUUAGUGAGAUUUUCCAAGAAGACGACAAGAAUAAAGACGGCGUGAUUUCUUUGGAAGAGUACCAACAUUCAGCUGCUGCGUUGGAUGAUGGUGAUGACAGAGAGGACGUGGAAGAGCAAGAAGAAGAAGAAAUCAAAGAAGAAUUAUAAGUUUUAUUUAGGAGACUUAAUGUGUUAAAACAGAAACAUAUUUUUAAUGACAAAAAGAAAUUUUUCUAGGUUUACUAUUCCCUUUGAGCAAUACAGUUCAGCUUUUCUUUUUAAAAAAUUGUGAGAUUUCACUUUUGUCUGUGAUCCAUAAUAUAAAUAGGCUUUCCUUUCUCCUUCGCUACUUUUUAUUUAGACCAUACGUAUUGAUUUUUUUAUCUGGAUUUAAAAAUUUUUUUUGAGUGAAUUUUUCAUGGAAUUUUACAUUUUAAUGGUACAUGCGCAUAGCGUAAUUAGAAAUCAGAAAUAUAAUUAAUUAACUUGCAAA